AUGACGCAGCACAGCUUCCAGAUGAACGGGCAUGGAGGGAUUGACCCGACUGAUUUGGCCAUGUCCGGAAAUUUCCCGUCGCCAUUCCAACAUAACUUCUCCAACACCUCCAAUCCACCAAACGCUUAUUCUAGUGGUUCCGCCGUGUUCGGGGAUGACGAACUCCUGGACGGGCUGGCUAGCCCAACGGAGCCUCAUGCUGGGCUCCAGGACUACCGCAACAUCAAUGAUAUGGGCGUCAGCUUUUCACAGGGAAUCUAUGGCUCCCACCACGGGCUGCCAAUCGACCAAAACCACAUGAACGGAUACUCGAGUACCCCGGAUGGCGAUCCCAUCCAAAGCCCGUUCGUUCAGAACUUUGGGCAGUACCGCCAGCUCCAGCAUGCCCAACCGUUCGGUGGCUCGCUCAAGUCCCCGGUUUCGUAUGCAGGGUCCCCUCUCGCAAAUGCCGACUUGAACGAGAGCAACGACCCGAAUUUCCUCAGUGCGCAGGCUCGAGCACGCAUGGCCCAGACCAUGCAGCGGAAGCCUUCAAGCAACAGGAACUCGCUCACCCCUAAGACGGCUGCCAUUGCGGGGCUGCAGGUCGGCUCCGAGUCCACCUUUGGAGCCCAACCGAUCAGAACGACUAGCGUCCAUCGCGAAAAGUCGCAUUCUGGUCAGUGGAUCCAGACGCCUAACAGCAUAUCUUCCUUCCCUGGCUCGGGAUUCUCGUCGCCGCUCCAACCCACCAUGCACAGUAACCAAAUCAGCGAUAUUAUCCUGAAAGGCGGCGCCUCGAUGCCCGCUAAGCUUGGUACGCCAGCGGUCGCCGCGUCGACUCAGGAAGCGAGGCGGAAGCGGAGGCGUGAGUCGCACAAUCUCGUCGAGCGCCGGAGACGCGACAACAUCAACGAGCGGAUCCAGGACUUAAGCAAGUUGGUGCCUGCACAUCGACUGGAGGACGAGAAGAUCCGGAAGGCCAUCCAGAACGGCACGCCGCUCUCGCCGACACUUGCAGGAAUUGGAACGCCGUCCCAGGCCACAUCGGCCCUUGCCGGCCCUGGUGCCCGACGAGCUGCAGGCGGGAACGCAGGCAACAUAACAACUGGCCUGCCCGUCGAGGAGAAGGAUAAAGGCCCCAACAAGGGUGAUAUCCUGAAUGGCGCUGUAAGCUGGACGCGCGAUCUCAUGUGGAUGCUUCAUUUGAAGCUCCAGCAGCAGGAGGAGUUGAUCAACGCGCUGUAUGAUCGUGGGGGUCAACUACCCUUUGAGAUCACCGAGGAUGAGCGCCGGAUGCAGACAGAGCUCAUGGAGGCCAUGGCCCGGAUUGAUGAGGUAACUGGACAGCAGCGGACAUUCUCUUAUUCCCGAACCGCAGGAUCGGGUCUUCGGGUUCCACACCACACCGACUAUAAGGGCGAACCUCUCAACGGCAGCGCCAACACCAACGGGAACGGCGUCGAUCACUCCUCUGUCAGUCCAGAGGACGAUGACUCUAGAGGAAUGGCCCAUGAAAUGCUAGACUCUGGCGACUUCCUAGAGUACGAGGACGAUGGGAGUGGGGACCUGAACUUUAAGGACGAAGAUCAGUACGGCAUGGAUUUGACGGCUUAG